UCGUUGUUAUGACGUCAUCACCACGCGACGUUGUUGGUGCUGCGCAGUUGCUUGUUUGGAAUUUUCCACCAGACUAACCCUUAGAAACUUAGUGCCUGUGUGUGUGUGUGUGAUAGUUUGUAUUGAAACUAUUGGAGAGUGGGGACACAAGAACACAAGAAGAAGUCUUAGCCGCCCGGAUCGCUCCUCAGUUGUGCCAUCCGAGCCUGCGGUGGGAGCGCGUUUGUUUGCUUGGGUCCUGCCGAUGGAGUACACAAGAGGUCCAGUCGAAGGCUCUCAGCUGGCAGCCAGCAACGUCCCGGCCUUCCUCACCAAACUGUCGACUUUGCUGGAAGACCCCGACACAGACCCGCUCAUCUGCUGGAGCCCGAGUGGAACAAGUUUCCAUGUCUACGAUCAAGGUUACUUCUCCAAAGAGGUCCUCCCAAAGUUCUUCAAACACAACAACAUGGCAAGCUUUAUUCGACAGCUCAACAUGUAUGGCUUCCGCAAGGUAGUCCACAUGGAGCAGGGCGGGCUGCUGAAACCAGAGAAAGACGACACAGAAUUUCAACACCCGUUCUUCGUCAGAGGCCAAGAGCACCUGCUGGAGAACAUCAAACGCAAAGUCACCAAUGUGUCUUCGGUGCGUCAGGAGGACAGCAAGAUCCCAUCUCAUGAGGUCAGCAGACUGCUGAACGACGUGCAGGUGAUGAAGGGAAAGCAGGAGACCAUCGACUCCAAAAUCAACGCCAUGAAACAUGAGAAUGAGGCUUUAUGGAGGGAGGUCGUGUGUCUGAGGCAGAAACACGCUCAACAGCAGAAAAUGGUCAACAAGUUGAUCCAGUUCCUGGUGUCACUGGUCCAGUCCAACAGGAUCAUGGGAGUCAAGAGAAAACUCCCGCUGAUGCUCAAUGACUCGAGCUCCGCCCACUCCGUGCCCAAAUACGCGCGAUCGUUUUCCUUGGAGCCCGUGCAGGCCGCGCCCACCGUGUUCCCGGCGGAAUCCUCCGUCAGCUCCGGACCGAUCAUCUCUGAUGUUACGGAGUUGGCCACGCCCCCCGCAGAGGAGGCCGUCACUGGUUGGACGCAAGUGGGAAAGACGACAAACGUCAAGGAGGAGGAGCUUGUCGCGCCUGACAUGGGGGAGGGGCUUACAUCUGGAGACACGCCCCUUUCUCCCACCACCUUCAUCAACUCCAUCCUGCAGGACAAUGACGCACCCGACACCAGCACCACAACUGCCCUCAGGCAUCACCCAGCCGCCACCAACACGGACCCAGCUCAGAUGUGUCAGACAGUUGUAUGUAUUGACAAGUCUGAAUUGUCAGAUCACAUUGAGACAAUUGACAACAGUCUAGAAAACCUGCAGACCAUCCUGAACAACCAAACCUUCACCUUUGACACAUCACCGCUCAUGGAGUUCUUCAGCCCAUCCUGUCCUCCAGGUGACUUUGACAUCAGCGCUCUGGACACCCUUCUCUGUGACAACUUCCCCAAAGGAGCUGAUGAAAGCGACAAUACCGGAAAGCAGCUGGUGCAGUACACGGCCAUUCCGAUUUGUGAGCCAAUCGGUGUGGAGGGGGGUGCGGCCGACCUGCCGUCGCUUCUGGAGUUGGAGGCGGAGCCUUUCCUCAACCCAGACCUGAGCGCCAACAUGAACUCUGACCUCUGACACGUUGAAGGAGGGACUCCAGGAUGACAAUCAGGUCAGAGGUCAAGGUUUUACUAUGCAGAUGAUCUGCCAUCCAUCUUGUUUUUCUUUGCUUUUAUGACAUUUUUAAUGAGAAGGAAAAGAAUAUUUUGGGAAACAUUUACCCUGUAUUUAUUCUGUUACCAGGGAAACAACCAGCGCAGAUUAGCUGGGAUUGGUUGUCAACACAUAUCGCGAAGACGUCUUGUUCAGCCACAUUAAACAUUUGUGCGAA